UUGCUCAAUCCCGUCUCGCUUUCAGCGUCGCGUGGUGAAUCGCCCCUAGAGGUCCCUGAACUCGGAAAAAUGACAUCUCCGGUGCAAAUACUCUUGUAAGAAUACUUUCCAACCUAUCCAGAUGGGCACCAGCUGUCAUAUCGUACGAUCCAGGACUCCCAAAAUACACUGCGGAUCUCACAUUUCCGUAAGGUGCAAGCUGGCAGACAGGUGAUGGUAUUGCAGGAAGUCCAUCAGAGGUGCCCCGACACAUGACCCGCUCCUGGUAUAUAUGAUGCGCCCGGUGCUCGAGCGCAUGCAAGGUGCUCGAGGCUCGCUCUCAUCCGACUCUCUUGCUCUCCAUCUCUCUACCCGCCCGUCGCCGUCCCGCCUACAAAGAAAACCUCGUCCUCCCCGACCUCGUGAGCGUUGUCGCCCAUUUCCUUUCCUAGGAUUUCGCUCCCGAUCGCCGUGGGAUCUGCCUGCCCGCCCUUCCCACACCGAUCUCGCCACACCGUCGAGAUCGCCGGCCCCGGAGGCGGCGACGGUCAUCGGUACGUCCACAGCUCUCAUUUCGCAUCCAUCUGGCUGGAUCCGAGAUUCGCCGGCGCCGAAGCCGGAGAGGAUCUUGAUCGGUAGGCAAGGAAAGAGUCAGUGCACUUUUUAGAGGAGCUGUAAUCGCCUGUCUACAUGGGUUCCAAAUCGGUAGAAGAACUGCUAGAAACAUCAGCUGAAGUUCAUUUUUCAGGACUUCACCUGGAUGAGUUGGAGAUCGUAAAUUCUGAAAAGGAGCUGCCAACAACUUCAGCAACAGAGAAUGGCCACAGAGAACCUUUUGUAAUAGGUGUUGCUGGUGGUUCAGCUUCAGGAAAGACGACUGUCUGUGAUAUGAUCAUUGAGCAACUUCAUGACCAGCGUGCUGUCCUUGUGAGCCAGGAAUCCUUUUACUACAAUUUGUCAAAAGAGGAAAUGGCUCGAGUUCAUGAAUAUAACUUUGAUCAUCCCGAUGCCUUUGACACUGAAAAAUUGCUUUCCUGUAUGGAAGACUUGAAAAGCGGGCUGGCUGUUAAUAUCCCUAACUAUGAUUUCAAAACUCAUAGGAAUAUACUGCCAGCACGAAAGGUUAAUCCUUCAGAUGUAAUCAUUUUGGAAGGGAUUUUAAUAUUCCAUGAUCCACGGGUUCGAGAAUUGAUGAACAUAAAGAUCUUUGUAGAUACAGAUGCUGAUAUACGGUUGGCAAGGCGGAUACGACGUGAUACUGUUGACAAGAGUAGAGAUAUCAGAACAGUACUAGACCAGUACUCAAAAUUUGUGAAGCCUGCUUUUGAGGACUUUAUACUCCCAACUAAGAAGUAUGCUGAUAUUAUCAUUCCUCGUGGUGGAGACAACCAUGUUGCAGUUGACUUGAUUGUGCAACAUAUUCGUACAAAACUUGGGCAACAUAAUCUUUGUAAAAUAUAUUCCAAUCUUUAUGUUAUUCAAUCGACUUUUCAGAUACGUGGCAUGCAUACACUUAUACGUGAUGCCAAUACAACUAAACAUGAUUUCAUAUUUUAUUCGGAUCGGUUGAUUCGCUUGGUUGUUGAACAUGGUUUAGGUCAUCUUCCAUUUAAAGAAAAGCAGGUGAUUACUCCAACUGUGGCGAAAGCAUGGAGAAUGCACUUCGGGCAUGUUGUAAAGGCAUCAAGAUCGGGAAGAUCCUUAUUCAUAGGGAAGGAGAUAACGGUCAGCAGUUAAUCUAUCACAAUCUGCCAAAAGACAUCUCAGAUAGGCAUGUUCUGUUGUUGGAUCCUAUAUUAGGCACAGGGAACUCAGCUGUCCAAGCUAUUUCUUUGCUUUUGCAGAAGGGGGUACAGGAAGCCAACAUUAUAUUUCUCAAUCUCAUUUCUGCUCCUCAAGGGGUGCAUGUUGUUUGCAAAAAAUUCCCGAGAAUCAAGAUUGUGACGUCUGAGAUUGAAUAUGGUCUAAAUGAAGAUUUUCGUGUCAUUCCUGGCAUGGGUGAGUUUGGAGAUAGGUAUUUCGGAACAGAUGAUGAUUAACAGGCGACAUUCUUAAUAACAUCCAAGAAGAGUCUCACAUUGAAUCAAGUAUGGAUGAUUUUUUGGUUCCAAUUAAAUGAAAAUUGUGAACAACAAUAUCCUGGUUCUUCGGCGGCAACUUCAAGCAUUUUUUGAGUUUUUUUUUUUUUCCAACCUUUUGGACCUGUGAAUGCCUGCAAAGUCACUUUCAACGUCAGUUUAUGUUGAGCAAAAAUAUAAUCUGUCAUUACAUAUGUUGAUGCUUAAUCUUCUGAGUUGUAUUAAUUCUUAUCAUUUAGGAUGUUUAUUUCUGGCCUAUUUCCAGAUUUUGUAGAAGUUUUGCCAUUUUAAUGGAAAUCUUGUUGUUGAUUCCUCCUAAUUGGUGUAA